CACAACACUGCCGUCUGCCCCAGAAUCGCCUGGGACUGGCGGGGGUUGUUACGAUAUUCAAUAAUCAAUCCUGUAAAGUAUCCAUUGAAUAUUGUCACUCUCGGAGCAGAUAUUUUCUGAAUAUAUUCCAUUAUACUACACGUUAUUAAAACAGGACAAUGGGAGAUAAGAAACUUCCUUUCUGGAAACAUGAAAGAAGAAAAAGAACGUAUUAUAUAUCUUCAUAUAUUGAUAUAUAGAAUAUAUAGAAAUUCUUUAGUGCCGCCGGCGAUCGACCUGGCAGAUUUCAAUAACGUGAAGUGGCAAUGACAUAUUUUAUGUUUGCAAACUGCUAUUCAUCUGAAGUUUGAGCUUCGUUUAUCGCAGUUAGCUCUCUUCGCGGAAAAUUGCCUAAGGAUCGAUGUUGUGUACUUGCUUCAAAUGAUGUAAUUGUCUACGAAUUGCAGCAUCUUCUCUUGAACUCGGAUGCUAUUCUAUUGAAGAAAAAAUAGAGAGUCUUCCCUUGAGAAUUUCGAAGCUUGUUAUACUGGUACGUCUCACGUUAACACUUUAUUUUGCAAUAAUUCUUGUAUGCGGCGCAAUUUGUUAUUAACACACUGUCCCAAAAGAAUAGAAUAGAUCGCGUUUCGCUAGAUUCGUUCAUGAUUCGUUCAUUAUUCGGGGUCAGUUUGUAGAAGUGGGAGAAAUCAUCAGUGGGGAGCACUUCGCUUCUUCGCUCGCGGUACGCGUCAUUUUCAGUAACGGUGCCUUCAUGAGACGCGUGCGGCGUCCGUGGUCCUUUGAUCUUUUCUUCUUUUCGCCGAAAGUGUAGCGCACGUGCGGGCGCGUACGCGUGUGUGUAACUGCGUUGGUGUCAUUGCGAUCGUGGGAAGAAAAAAAUCUCCAGAAAAAUUUUUAACAAUGUCACUUUCGAGUUUAAUAAGGUGCGCUCGCAAUCUAAUUCCGAUUAUUAAUUACGAUCAGGAUGAUAAUCUCAGCGAGACUCGUUCUGCUGAGUUUCUGACUUUCUUCGUUGAACCUUCGUGAUCUUCGAAGUUUUCCCUUUCAAAGAGUGACUUCAACGCGUGGGAGAGAAUAAAUGCCUCGCGAAAGAGCGCGGUCAACUUUCCAGUCACAUUUUUCUAUCAUGUACAUCGCGUCUAUAAUACAUUUUAAUGUAAAAUAUUAUCAAAUCGAGUAGAGACUUAAUACUCUAGCACGACAUAAUUUAAAAACAUGAAUAUUAUAGAUGAUACGAUUGCUCAGCGAAGUAAUGCAGACUUAAAUCGCGCGUCGUUUAAUCUACUCUUACUCGCGUAUGUUCGCUUGUUUCAAACGUUUCUUCGUGCACGGUGGAUCAAGUUCCUCAAAAUUGAGUGAUCUCAAGUCUUGUUUCUCCUAUCCAUUCACUGCUAACAUUGUUCCGGAUAAUUGCUCGAAUUUUUACGCUUUCUCUAGGCCGUUUACUGGGUCACUUUCGUGUACUUUCUUAGGGUGCAUACAUUGCAUUCUUAGAUAGGCUCGCAACUGAUCGAGCGCAGAUUUAGUUAUUUCAGAUAUUUAAAAUAUUCUUUUUUUUAUUAAAUUCCUGUCUUCCCGCAGGAAUGUUCAUCUUUCUACUCGCAUAUGUUUCAACUAGCUUGCGAAUUAUCAGAUGAUUAGACUAUGCCAGCGAAAGUAGAAUCUUUCUGGCCUGCGUUGUGCAAGAAAGAGGUGACAAUUUAGCAGCGAUUGCACUGUUGCAACGUGCAACGCACAAGACUAGAAUUCUUUAUAAAUCUGAAAAUUCGCUAAUUUUUUGUGUUGAUAAACAAAAAGGUAUUUUUUUUAAUCGGUUUUUUCAUGUAGACAUUCGAAUUUUUUUCCAAACAGAUGUCGCGUCUGCUAUUUAAACCAACGUUUAAAUUAAAUACAUUAAUAAAUCAAUUAUAAUAACUUCUCGAUCCUCCCGUGAUUAAUCAUCAUUCCCUUCAAACGUAAAUCGAAAGAUAACGGACAAUCCGCUACAGAAUGAAGCCGCGCUUACGGAUCUACACGGUACCGCAUCACCCGCUAACACCUCGUCAGUUAUUCUAUCGAGGAAUCGGCCUUCGGGGUAUGUGUAAUAGCGCAAUUGCUUCCGAGUGCCCUCACGAGGUCUCCCAGGGCAUCGCGUCUUCGCAUGUGAAGCCGUACGACGAGGUACCGGGACCAAGGCCAAUACCAAUUUUGGGCAAUGCCUGGCGAUUGUUGCCGCUAAUCGGCCAGUACCAGAUCUCGGACGUCGGCAAGAUCUCGCAAAUGUUCUAUGACGAGUACGGCAAGAUCGUGCGACUGGGCGGCUUGAUGGGUCGUCCCGAUCUGCUGUUUGUCUACGACGCCGACGAGAUCGAGAAAGUGUAUCGGCAGGAGGGCCCUACGCCCUUCAGACCCGCCAUGCCCUGCCUGGUGCAUUACAAGAGCGUCGUGCGGAAGGACUUUUUCGGCGAGCUACCUGGCGUCGUUGGCGUACACGGCGAGCCGUGGAAAGAAUUUCGUACACGUGUUCAGAAACCCGUCCUACAACCGCAGACCAUAAGAAAGUACAUAACACCAAUCGAAAUUGUAACGAUGGACUUUAUAAAGAGAAUCGAGAAGAUCAAGAAAGAUGAUGAUGAACUACCUGGCGAUUUCGACAAUGAGAUACACAAGUGGGCCCUUGAAUGUAUUGGCCGUGUGGCACUUGAUGUCCGGCUUGGGUGCUUGGGCGAUACACUGUCUCCAGAUUCGGAGCCACAAAAAAUCAUCGACGUCGCCAAAUUCGCCCUGAGGAACGUGGCCGCGCUCGAACUUAAAGCCCCGUAUUGGAGAUAUAUUCCGACGCCGCUCUGGAGCCGUUACGUGCGCAACAUGAAUUAUUUCAUCGAAAUAUGCAUGAAAUACAUCGACUCUGCAAUAGUCAGGCUCAACAACAAGACAGUCGUAAAUGAAAGCGACUUGUCAUUGGUCGAACGGAUCUUAGACAAAGAGACGGACCCUAAAAUGGCCUACAUAUUUGCUCUCGAUCUAAUACUGGUCGGCAUUGACACGAUAUCAAUGGCGGUGUGCUCGAUAUUGUAUCAGCUGGCGACUAGACCAGAGGAACAAGAGAAGAUUUACCAGGAGCUGCUGCAGAUACUGCCGGAUCCUUCAGUUCCUCUCACGACGAGUCACCUAGACCGCGCGGUCUACAUGAAAGCAUUUAUUCGUGAAGUAUUCAGAGUGUACUCCACCGUUAUCGGAAACGGCAGGACGUUGCAGAACGACACUAUUAUCUGCGGUUAUAGAAUCCCGAAAGGAGUCCAAGUAGUGUUCCCCACGCUGGUCACCGGUAACAUGGAAGAAUAUGUGACGAAUGCAAAGACCUUCAAGCCUGCGAGGUGGCUAAUUAAGGACGCCUACAACGAGAAACUACAUCCCUUCGCAUCGCUGCCGUAUGGCCACGGGGCCCGAAUGUGCCUGGGAAGGCGUUUCGCUGAUCUUGAAAUGCAAGUGCUCCUCGCAAAGCUCCUGAGGUCGUACAAGUUGGAGUAUCACCACAAGCCGCUGAAGUACAAGGUCACGUUCAUGUACGCGCCUGACGGGGAACUCAAAUUUAAAGUACUAAAACGAUAGUUUUGUCUACACUCCCGUAAGUCGCGCGCCUACGCGUCAUAUAAAAUAGAUUUAGGGUAGUAAAUUAGAAUAGAUGAUACGUAAUCUUUCUUUUGAAAUUCAUAUUAUUAAAAAUAUAAUAUGUUAUUAAAAAUAUCGUAAAUUAUCAAAUUAUACUAACUCGUUUAUACGAUGCUAUCUAAUUGUAACAUUGAAUGCGUUCUACGACUUAAACGCUAACGUCACGUGAGAUGUUGCAUGUAUCAAAGAAUAUUAUAAAUACAAACAAUAUUUUUUCGACUA